CAAAAUAAAAAAAAUAGUCUUAUAAAUACUCUGAAAAUUGUCAGAUUUUACACUUGCGAUAUGGAAUAACGAAGAAGUAAGAUGCUAACAAAGACCCAGUGAAUAUUUUUUCUUUCUUGAAUUAUAUUAUUUUACAUGUUUGAUUAAUGUAGCACUUAGUAGUCUGAAAAGUAAGUUCUAUGUUAAGUCACAAUAGAGAAAGUCCAAAAACCCAUUAUCGGAAUCAUAACAGCACACUAUCCACAAAAAUUAAAAGGUUCAUUUCAAACUUAGAGGGAUUCAAGUUCUGCCAGAUUGUUCACAAACUGUGACCUCUAGCGUGUAUAUUGUCUCAUCAUGAAGGCAGAAAAAAAUGUUAACUUGUUAUAGAAGUAUAUUAAUGUAUGAUGGAAAAGAUUUACUUUCAUAAAUUUCUUCAAACUUGAUAAUAAUGUAGCCUUAUGCACUCCUUAUAAUAGCAUGUUACAAAAAAGAAUAAUUUUCACUCACAACAGCUGUUUGAGGAUCCACUAUUCUCAUGACAACCUGGGCUUGCAGUAAAGCAUAUGCCAACUGAGGAUUCUGUAAUAGCAUUGCCCUAGCUUCAGUGGGGUUGUUUUGCACGCACAAUUUCAUUUGCUUCAUAAGCUCAAACAUUUGUUCUGGGGGCAAAGAAGCCACAGCUUUACUGAUGGCUUCAGGAGCUUUAUCAGCCUGCACAGCUUCUCCAUAUGGGUUUUCAACAACAGGGCCCUGAAGUAAACUCUGCAUUUCCAUUCGUGAUUUUUCUGUGCAAGCAUUGUCAACACGAAGAGUUCGACCUCCAAUCUCAUAACCAUUCAGAUUUCUCAUGGCACUUAAAGCAGUUUCUUGAUCUUUGUACUCACAGAAGCCAUACCCUUUAGGUUUCCCUGUCUCUCUAUCAUACACCAGCUUGAAAGACAAAACUGGGCCAACUUCACUAAAUAUGUCUUUCAACUUUUCUUCUGUGGCUUCAUAAGGAAUGUUUCCAACGAACACCGAACGCAAAGACUUAUCCAUUAAACUUUGAUCCGUCAUUAUUAUUAUUAUUACUAUCAAGGCAGUUCUUUUAUAAGAAAUGACUCAAGUACGUCAGGUACAAAAUAUCGAAUGUUCACUUGUAUACAAUGUGUUAUACACUUCAAAUCUUAUCUGAAACAACACUGAAACAUAACCUUCGCGUAAACACUUGCAUUGAAACGUCCGGAAGCGUCCCCGAAAGCAAACGAAACGAACUUGACCCCGUCAAAACAACACAAUCCCACGGCCUGCCCACGGCGCAAGGAUUGAAGAAAGCACGGAAGAAUUAUUCUAAGCGCCAACACCAUCCCCAUCUAGUGAGAGAAGUAAAAGCUAGUGUCAUCGAGCGCUAAUGUUUUCUCUUGGUGCGGAUUAUGCCAAUCUUCACAACUGUUCGCUGACAAAUGCGUGGAUAGGCGGAAGACGGAAGAAAACAGCUGUAUGCAUUUGAAAGCAUACUGCUGCAUUCUCCUCAUGUUAGAACGACUAUAAAAAAGAUGUAAAAAAGCUUUGAAAUAGAAAUAAAGCAAUGUAGCGAUUAAUGAAAUAUUUCAUUGAAGACAAGAACAUUUAACUUAUAAAGGUCUUCGUGGCCUUGACUUCUAAAUUUGAAUCGUGCAUCUAUUAUCUUGUAUGUUGAUAUUUAUGCAUGUCAAUAUAUUCCGCCGACCGUGUAUUGCCUUUACUUAUAUGAUUCUUGCAGUUAGAUUUCUAAAAUAGGAAACGAUGUUGCAUGAGCAGUUAAUUUGAAAACCUUCCAAAGGAACUGAAGGUUGGGGUAAUGUUGCCUGUUGUCUCUGGUAAAUUCUGCUAGUGGUAGCAGACCACAAAGCAGUUUCUCAUGGUGCAACCUGUCAGAUUUCAGACAAGAUAAUAUGAAAGAGUCUAAAUGAUGGGUUUUCAAGAAAUAGUUUCAUGGUAUCAGAAAAAAAUUGGCACUUAUGACAAACAACAAUGGGAGCACACUAUUGAACAACGAAUUUUACAUGGACUUACUCAUGUUCCAAAGAAAACAGCAAAAUUGAAGACCGAGUUGAUAGAUGUGGAUUUAGUAAGAGGUUCAUCAUUUCCCAAAGCAAAGCCAAAACAUGGAUUAAUGACUGUGAUGCGGCUGUCUCUUGUACGGCUGCUUUUAUUACCACUAUAUGGAUCUUGGUGGGUACAGCAGACAUCACGAAAAGUGUUUGUUCUGCUGUUGAUGCUUUAUUGUCUACAGCUCUUUAAUAUGGCAUUGUUCUUUUGGUGCACUUGGUAUUCAGAUGAGGAUGUGUUAGAGCAUAUCUGUGCUUCUGAAGUUUUGGUUCCAUCAGCAAUGAUGCUCAUCCUCAGCUUCUUGCACUCACAGAUUGUAGCACCUCAUGCUGCACCUGCUGGUCGCGAUGUACUUUCUACUAAGUCUCGGCGUUUAAAACGCACCAAGCGUCGUGUACUAGCUUCUUCUCGUUCCCGAUCUGUCGGUUCUGAUUCUAAGUCAUCUCCAGAUACUGGUUCAGAUAAAACUAGCAGCAUAAAAGAAGUUCAUGGAAAAUACACUAAAAGAGUUCGUGUCAAGAGAGGAUCAUCUGAUGAGGUAAAAAUCCGCAAUGUGGUUUGGGACACUGAACCUGUGGUUGCAAGUUCCUCAGUAGAUGCUGCAGAUUCAGAGACAAUUCCUAAAGGGUCAGCACGACAAGCAUCUCCAAGUAGUUCUGUCAGCCGACAGCGUGUCAGGUUGCAGGUGGCGGCAGAUGCACAGUCUUGUGGUGGUGCCCCAGUUGUUGAUGAAGUAGCUGAAGUUCGUUCAAGGGAGGCGACACCCCUUGACGAUGAUGGUUUUGAGAGCUUAAACGGGAAUGGUUCAAGUGAAAAUGGUGAAGAGCUUGUGGAUGAACCUGGACCUUCAGAGGCUUGUAACACAAGCAAAGGCUGUGCGGAAACCAAUGCAACAGGUGUGUCUUUAGACAGUGGACACACGUGGGCAGCAACCUCGGCUUCUGUCACCCCUUCAGCACCAUCAACACCAGUGCGACCCCUAACACCUGCUCAACCUUCUGACCCAGCUUCAAUGUUGGCUUCUGCAACAUCACCCACUGUCCAACUUGCUCUUUCUUCGCGAUCCAAAGAACAAUUAGAAAUGCUCUCCUCAGUACCAGAGGAUGUCAAGGAUUCCGUAGCAGCAUGCCUGUUACAUGAAGAGCCCCAAUUUGCAACUUCCUCAACUGUCACACCAAAUGUAUCAUCCUCUAAUGCACCAGUGAAGUCCCAUGAUCGUGACAGAUGGGUUCAAGAAAUUCUGACUAGUCGUAAAACUUCUGCUGAUUCAGAAUCUGAUGCAUCUGCUGAACAUGUACGGGCCCUACCUGCUCAGCAACGAGAGCGAAGCACUCUCCGUCGGAGGGGUUCCCAGGUAACGUCUGGUAAGGUGGGUGGCACGGGCAAUGAGAGCAGCUACAACAGCAGCUGUGAGAGUGAAGAUGCAGGAACUGUGUCUUCGCCUGGCACUGGAGGCAGUUGCCCAUUGUUGACCGAGGGCACGACUUCAGCAGCAGAGUGGAUAGGUAUCACCACCAACAGUGAGGAGUGCAGCUAUAGCUCUGAACCUGAUGAAUCAGAUAGCCAACGGGAGUUCACUGGCUCUAACAGUGUAGAGCUCAAUGAUCAUCCUUUUGCAUGGGAAUUUGAGUUGUCUCCCACAGUUCUUUUAAAUCCUAGCUGUGCAGCUUCAGACAAAGUGAGUUGUACAAUUUGGGAAAAACGUGAUCCCAAAAAGGCUGACCUUUCAGUUUUGGAUAUUAGUUCAGCAAUCAUUGCACGUGUGGAAUCUAUGCCUGAAAAUAUGGACUACUUCUAUGGAGGAGUGGCAAUGGCAGUUAUUUUAGCCAUAUUGCCUUCUAUUUGUCGCUUGGUGAGAGCAGAAGUUCCAGAAGUGUCUGAAGGCCAAGCUGUCACUGUGGCAGAGAAUCCUUUGUUGUCAGGUCUCAACCCUUCAAGUGUAGUUAUAUCCCAAGUCUCCAACUCUUUUGUCUAUUUCCUACAAGCAGCUGUGGGUAGCAAUGGGCGGGAGAGAAUUAUCAUCCUGAUUGCAAUGUUCGAGAGGGGCAUGCUAGCUGCUCUCUUUUUCUUCCUUUUGGCAGUGGCAGAACGUACAUUUAAACAGCGAUUUCUCUAUGCUAAGUUAUUUUCUCACCUCACAUCUUUUCGCCGUGCUCGUAAGUCUGAUUUGCCACACUUCCGUCUCAAUAAGGUUCGGAAUAUCAAGACCUGGCUGAGUGUAAGAUCGUACCUCAAGCGCCGUGGUCCUCAGAGGUCAGUGGAUGUUAUUGUAUCAGCAGCAUUCCUUAUUACUUUGCUCCUCCUUUCCUUUCUCAGUGUGGAAUGCCUAAAGGACUCUGUGCGUCUGCAUUCGGACUACAACUUGGAAGCUCUGGCAUGGUGUCUUGCAUUGGGGGCUUUUCUUUUACGAUUUAUGACUCUAGGUACUAAAAUAAAUCGCAAAUACAGAAAUUUAUCUGUCCUUAUCACUGAACAGAUCAAUUUAUAUCUCCAAAUAGAACAAAAGCCAAAUAAAAAAGAAGAAUUAAUGGUAGCAAAUAGUGUUUUGAAGUUGGCAGCUGAUUUACUUAAAGAGCUGGAAAGUCCUUUCAAAAUAUCUGGCCUUUCAGCAAAUCCAUAUUUAUACACUAUAACCAAAGUGGUCAUUUUGUCUGCUCUUUCUGGAGUGUUGUCUGAAAUGCUGGGGUUCAAACUGAAACUUCAUAAGAUCAAGAUCAAGUAAGUUUCUUCUGUUGGCCUGUAAUAAAUUGAUAGAUUUAAGACUGUGACAGGGUAAACCUGUUUACUUAGUACAAUUAUUUAUUUAUGUUAGAAAUCAGGUGGAAAGUUUUCUGUAAUGAAAUCAUGGAUAUCGUGAAUUUUUUUCAAAUAUUUAGUGUAGAAGAACAUUUUUGUUUGUUUCGAUUGUUUUGAAUUUUUUGUGUGAAAACAUUUAAUACCUUCCAGUAUUUGUAUUUUAAAAGUGAAUUACUGUUGUAUUUAUUACAUUGAGUAACUAGUUUUCAAUUGAUAACUGUUUAAAGAUUUGUUUUUGUAAUUGUAUUUGAUUUAUCAUUGUAAUUUUUAUUGAAUAAUGAAAAGUAGUCUUGAUGUUUCUUCAUGUGUCUCAAGCAUAUUUGUUGUUAUACAAGUACUUUAAUGUAUUUGGAGUAUGUCAGGUAAUUGGCAUUGCAAAAUAUGGAAAGAAAGAUAUUUGGUCUCGUGGAAGGCUGAAUAAGUUACACGAGUUUUUUGUUCUUUAAUUCAUUUUUCGCAUAUGUAGUGGAUUCAGAGCCAUACACAGAUAUUUGUAGCUCAGGCCCAGUUGAAGCAGUCAAAGUGGUUGAAGAUUUUUGAAACAUUUUUCAUGGCAGUACAUAACUUGUACCUUCUUUUUCCAAAAUUACUAUACUCAUAUUUGUAAUAACACAUUUCAUGUUCUUUUCUACAAAAAAUAAAUAUUUAGAAUAAUAAUAUCACUACUACAAAUUUAUUGAAUAUACUAAUGCAGUAGCUUUUUUUGGAAAAGCAAUUGGCUUGCAUUCAGAUGCAAUCCAAUUGCAAGUAAUAAACUUGCAUUUGGAUGUUUGCAAUGACAUAAAAAUCACAAUCGUAUUAUUUGCCUUCAUUUUCAACUUGGUGUGUGGACUACUAAUGUAAUAAUUAAGACAAACCCCAUUGAGCCAUUCAUCAAGGAGAAGAACUAAAACACAAGUUAAUUGUGUGAUUGAAAUGAAACUUCAUUCAAUUGAAUUUUUGUGAACUGAAUUCAGUGUACAGAAAUUAAUAUAUUAUAUCAGGUGACACAUUGAAAAAUGAAAGUGAAAUAAAAUUUAUUGAAAAUAUUUAACAGUACUGUAUUUGAAUGUUCAUACUGAAAUUAAUAUAGUGUCACCCUAGUGUGAUUCAUGUAGGUAAAAAUUUACAAAAAGUUAGUAGCCUCUUUAGUGCUCCAGAGGUACCAUUGACUAUGAAAAACAAAACCACUUAAGUUGAUGAACUGCCUCUGUAAGAGAGAAAAACCUUUAAUUUUAAUUUUAUGAAAUAACAUAUGUUUUUUGUGCAAACUCACUAAAGAUGAUAUAAAAGUCUAAUAAAAUUGAAGUCUUUGGUAAGUUAAAAAAAGAUACAAUAUUUUGUGUCUACUAAUGUUGGUGUGUUUUCUUACAUGGUUGGUGGCAAUUUAAUGGAAUUAUAGUUUUCCUUUCUUUAAUGAAUACAAUGAAAAUACUUGUUUAUUUACACACAACCCAACUUCUCUGAUUGUAUAAUGUACUAUUUUCCAUUUUGUUUCAAAUUUACUAUUUUACUUAUUUACAUUUGUUACAAAUUGAUCACAUGAAGUUCAUGGAAUUUUCUAUCAAGUGUGUGAACAUAAUGCUAUUUAAUUUAUGUUGUUUUGGGAUUCACCACUGUUUAUGAUGGGUUUAUGGUUAAUGAAAUGUUUGAACAUUGUGGAGUUGAUUUUACUAAGAUAGUAAAAACCACUUGUGUGUGUCCUGAGUUUAUCAUCUUACAUAUGGUAGUUUUUAAUGGUGAAUGACAAUUUGUCUUUUGAAAAUCAUAUAGUAUCGGGAAAUUCAUGCUCAACUUCAUAUUAAAAUCACCACCUUGAUCAUUGGUAGUAUAUGAAAAUUUUAUAAUAACACUGUUCCACCAAAGUAAAUUUCACCAAACUUUUGUGAAUUAAAUCUAUUUUUAGUUCUUUGGUUCAGGGAAAUGUAUAUUGCAACUCACUCAAUUGUAUUGUACAACAGACCAGACCCAGACUUAAAUUAUUAUUUUACGAAGCUAAAAGGACUCUUUACUAAAAGGAAUUUAAAACAACUUUUACUCCAUAGAAAGUUAGUAAGGUGUCUUUAAUAAUCUAAUCUACACCAACAUGAAAAACAAAGAUUAUAUAGUUAAUUUGAGAAAAAAAUAAUUAAUUUUAAUAAGUUAAUUAUCAGAAUUUACAAUUAUUUUAUUAUUACUGUUUAAUUUAAAUUUUACAAAUGCAGUCCAUCAACCUGUCAGAAAGACAAGCUAGUUAAAUUUCAAUCCUACAGAACCCACAGUUCUAUCACUAGAAUCGAAUGACUUCUAUAGUCAUUUUGAAUUUUAUUAAUAAAAUUGCGAAAAUGAGGAAAUAUUAAAAAUAUUUAUGAAAUAAAACAUUUCAUAUGAUAUUGAACUUCACAGUUUUAUUCACUGCCAUGCUCAGAACUUAGCAUAUUGUGCUCAUGGAAGAUAACAAUAAACCCAUUGUGAUGUACUUCCAUGACAUUUUCAUUAUUAAUGUCAUUUGCCCUCAUCUGUGAAUUAUAUACUAUAAGAAGUUUUGCUUCAUAUUUGAAGCAAACUUAAAUAAUUUUUUGAAUCUAAACGGAGCUAAAGAUUUGUUAUUACUGUUGUGUAAGUAUUACUGUUUCUUAUAUAUGUAGGUUUUAAUUCAGAGAUCCAUAUUGUCAUCAGAAAGGAAGUCUUAAAACAGAAGGAAAGAAUUAUAUUUGUUUAUUAUAUAAUGUAUUAGUAUAACAUUGCUAUAUAGACCUGUUGUAUUUUAGUCAUUUUUCAAACUAUUUUUUUGUGUGGCUCUGAAAAUGUGAUAUCAGUUACCUGCUACUCUGCAUAAUGUUAGUUGGAGACAGUAUUAUUUGAAACGGAUUGAGAGUGAGCCAAAUUUUAAAUUUUAUACAUGUAGCCCGAUUUGAGUAUUUGUAGUGCAUUAUUCAUUACUUUCUUUACAGCCAUUCAUAAAUAUCUGGAUAUGAUUGGGUAUGUAGUGCACAAAUUAGCAUUUGCAAUGGAAUUUAUAAUUAAUUCUGAUUUAUUUUUAAAAAAUCCACAAAAUGUAUGGUUUACAUAAAUCCAAUUCCAAAAAUAAUACACUGUUUGUGAAAGAAAGUGGUUAAAAUAGUUCAGUUUUAAUGUUAUUUGGACAUUAAUAUGUUUGUAGAUAUUGCUAAUGUUAGAGCCUAUCAGUUUGUUUGGCCCCUUUGCCCAGAUUUAGAGUAAUAAACUGCCUGCAAAAGUCAUGUCCAUAGAAAAUGUAUUUGCACACUAAUGUGAAAAUUGAUUCACAUUAGUUUGGAAAUGGGAAUCAUUUUUGAAAUGGUUUUUGGAGUGAACAAAACUGACAAAAGUGUAUGAUUUUGUUUUUAAUUUAUUUUCUCUUUGCUCUUAUCAUUUAGUUUAUGAGUUUAUCUUUUUCAUACUAUGAAUUGUUAAUGUUUUAAGUUAGUGAAGAUUUGUAUUUGUUUUUAAAAUAGCAUAAAUGGUGGAGGGAAUUGAAUUACUUUUACAAUCUGAG